GUUAAACGGUUUCAGCGGGUUAGUGUGCAGGAUUGCAGUUACUGUCCGGGAGAUUCAGGUUGUUUAGCGUUAACACACGAGCUGUAGGGAAGUAGUGCCCGCGUUAUUUUAGCCCAUUUAAGUCCACCUCAGCAUGCGAUUGAUUUAAAGUAAGCAGACCAACGAGCAUCGGAUUCCUUUUUUUAAAGAAUCGGGGAUCAAAGGCCGUCAAGAUGAACUCCGUACAGUCAUCCGUACGAUCCCUCAUGCAACUGUUUGAUGGUAAAGCACAAGAAUUUACCAAUGACAUUAUUACUGUCCACAUGGUUUGGCUUGAGGAGAUCCAACAGGAGGCCAACCGAAUGUUUUCAAGAGAGUUUAAUGCGGAGCCAGAAUUAAUGCCAAAAACCCCGUCGCAGAAAAAGAAUAGUCGAAGGAAGCGCGUGUCUUUGGGGCAUCAGGAAGAAAAUCAAGCCAGGCGAAGAUUUUCAAAGGGAAAGCGUAGCAACCUCCGGGGCUCCUCUGUCAAAUCAUUGCACUUCAUCGCCGAAGAAGAGACCAUUUCCACCUCUGAAGCAAACGCCACCACCCAGCCCAAGCGCGCCACCCGCAAAAACAAACAAACCACUGCGGCUGUGCCAGAGGAUGUGAGCCAUUCAGGUUCUCCAACUGAGGAUGUGCAGAACAAGAAGCCGGAGCUGGUGGCGGAGAAAGAGGUUGACGAAAUCAACAAGGUGAACGAUGCAGAAGACGAGUUGCUCCACAGGGGCACCUCCCCUCGGACCCCGCCAGCAAUACCCUCCCCCGAGAUCGUCGUCAGCAUCUCGUCGUCGGAGCGAUUGUCUGCAGAGGGCGUCAUCAGUCGGCUGCCUCUCUCCCCCGGCCGCUCAGCCGCCAAGAUUGCGAUAGCUGGCGCGGCUCCAAGCUCUCGGCGCAGCUCGGUGCGGUGCUCCCUGAAGCUCCGCCACUCGCUGGCCGGCCUGCGGCACAGCAUGACGCAGGAGUCGGUGCGUCGCGCCUCGCGCCGCUCCAUGCUUAAGAGGAAGGUCUCCCGCAUGGGCAACUCGGUGUGUAGCAGCAAUGUUGAUGAGGAAUCCUGCGCCGAUUCUGCAGAGGAGGCGCACAAGGAAAGCAUGUUAGAUGCUGUGAGCGUAGACACGGAGGACCACGCUGCAGCUCAAGAAUGGAAGGAAAUGCCAGAGAUCCAGGUGAACCCGAGCCCCCGUCUGUCCAUUGGGCGCGUCACCCGGUCUGUGGCUGCAACCUCUGCCGCGCUGGCCCCCCUGCCAUUGUUCAGCACUGAACAGAGAGUUUUGACUCCCGGAAAGACAACAGUUACUGAGAAGCCAACUCCAGUGUCCGGUCCCAAGUCGCGUCAGAGUACCAAGCGCAAAGCACCAGAUACUGUAGAGGAAAGUCCAACAAAGAGGCGCUCUCCUCCCAAGAAAAGUCAAAGUGCAAUGAGGCCCAACAUGAAAUCCUUUCUCCACACUGUGCAGAAGAAUCAAAUGCUAAUGAUGACGCCGAAUUCCCUCGGCCGCUCUGCUGUCAUCAAGUCCUUCAUUAAACACACCACUCCUCUGAAGAUCGACCCGAAGUUAAGCGUUGGUAUAGUGACAAAAGAGCGUCACAAGCUGGAAGCCCUGAAGAGGAAGCAGGAGCUGGAGGAAGAAAGAAUGAAGAAGAUGGACGAUGAGAAGAAAAGGAAACAGGAUGAACUCAAAAGAAAGAGAGAUGAGAGGCUGCGGAGAGUGUUUGAGGCCAAAGUAAAAGAAGAGCAGAGGGAGGAGGAGAAAAAGAAGAGGAUUGAGCAGAAGAUGGCUCAAGUUGAGAAAAACGAUAAGCGGAUGGCAGACGACAAAGCCAAAAAGAAGGUGGCCGUUAAACGGCAAGAGGACGUGGAGCAGAAGAAGAAGUUGGAAGAAGAGGCUAAAAAGAAGAAGAUUCAGCAAGCAGAGGAAGAGAAGCGGCAGCAGGAGUCACUGGCUAAGAAGAAGGCCGAGGAGGAGGAACAGCGAGCUCGGAAGAUGGCAGAAGCUCGCCGAGCUCUGGAGCAGAAGAGAGAGCAGGAGAGGGAGCUGGAGAGAGAGCGAGAGCAACUUGCUGCAGCCGAGAGGGAACGAGUUGAAAAAGAAAAGGCUGUUGCUCUGCAAAGGGAACUGGAAAGAGCGGCAAGAGAGAAGGAGAGGCGAGAAUUGGAGGAGAAAAAAAAGGCGCUUGAGAAAAUAUUGGAGGAGCGGCAGAGGUUAGCUGCAGAAGAGCGAGAAGCUGCUGCGAAAAAGGCUGCUGCUGCCGCCGCCGCUUCUGCACAGGCUGCUUCUUACCUCAAUACGACUGUGGAUAUCGAGCGCUCUGUUAUGAGCACGCCUGUAGGAAAAGGUGGUGGCCUCAACGUGACUGUGGAUAUUGAGAAAUCCCCACAAUCCUACUCCAUCACGCCAAAGGGCGGCAACAAAACGUUGCCUAAAAGUGUGGAAGAUUACGGGAUGGACCAAAACAGUGACGACUCUACUGAUGACGAGUCCGCCCCGAGGAAGCCUAUUCCAUCCUGGGCCGAAGGUCACCAUCUGCAGCAGAUCAUUAUGAAGCAGUACUUCAACCCUCCUGAUCUGGACUCUUUCUUCGGAAUAGUUGAACCACCAAAACUGGAAAAUAUCUUUUACAAGAGCAAGCCUCGCUAUUUCAAGCGCACCAGCUCUGCUGUGUGGCACUCUCCUCCCAUUGGGAGCAAAUAAUGUGUCUACACUGAUACAGUUUUGCAAAACUGUAAAAGGUUCAGUCUUUGUUUUAAGGUAUCUUUCCAAUAAAGUGUGUUUUUCCAUGUUUUUAGCUCAACGUUAUAGGAAAUAUUCUUACUAUUCUGUAAAAUACGUGAUGGAUUCUGCUGAUACAAGUGAGAUUGGUGCAUCAUUCGUGGUUUAGACUUGAAAAUGGGUGUGUAUUAUAACCCAGUGGGAUGUAAACGUAUGAAAGUUAUUGCCAAGUGAUCAGCAACAACAUUCACUUGUAUAAUGCGUAUAACUACCAACUGUAAAUUGUACGUUUAUUUUUUUUAUGUUUGGGAUUUAUUGUGUUUCAUUAAAAUGGCUGAACAAGUCUUG